AUUGCGUAUUUAUAGUGUAUUGUCUUUUUCUUUAGCAAGCUGUACACAUUUUAUGCAUAAAUAACUUUUUCCCUUUAUGCCUCAGUACUUUCAAUACUUUUUCCAUUUCCCUCCUUUGGACGCAAACUCACAUCCUAGCAUCCAGUCUGGAAUCAAACACCACAUUUAGUAUAAUUUGCGUCAUUCUCUGAGUCGACCCCGUCCCACAGACAAAGGGGUUGAAGGCAGCAGCCGUCCUCACUGGGCCAGGUGUUCCACAGAGCUCUGAACUCGGUCCUCAGUAUUUUGUUUUUUAACUCAUGCUUUUCUGCUGUGUACAUGCGUCUUUGAUGCCUCUAAAUAUGGUGCGUCUCUGUGCAGCUGCCCUCUGAGGGCUCUCCAUUGCACCCCCUCUCCCCACCAUUGUCAACUCACACACUCUCGUCCAUUCAUGGCUUGUGCCGGUGGACGGGCUGCUGGUGUGUGUGUUUUAGCAUUUUUCACCAUGAAAGACCCAUUUUUCCAAAAAAACCACUACAUUGUAUGUGUUGGAAAUACAAGAAGUGCUGUUUUUGGGUUAAGGGUUAGGUUUAGGACUAAGGUUUCAAUUGAGUUUUAGGGUUAGGCCUGUACUGGUAAUGGCUAGGUUUGAUGUAAUGGGCUGCAGAAAUCAAUGGUAGUCAAUGCAAAGUGCAUGUGAUGAUAGAAAGACAUGGUGUGUGUGUGUGUGUGUGUGUUUUUGUGAGGUUAAAAUAGGGGAGGGCAGAAAAGGGGUGGAGCUAUUUUACCAUAUCUUAGUGGUCUCUUUUUAUUGGUAGAUGGAUGGGGGAUGUUUGGAGAGUGUUGAGAGGACGCUUUGCUCAAGUCAGGGAGUGAGAGGUGUUAGCUCGUUCUCAGAUAAGCUGCCGUGGUACGGGGAGACGGAGCAGCCUCAGUGCAGGGAGGGGAUGGUAGAUGAGUUACACUCCAUCUGUUGUCAGUCACAUUGAUAAACCUGCAGCUUCAGGACAUUUUGCACUGGGUUUCCUGAUCAAAAAAGGAGAAUGUAAAAGGUUGAUCUUGGCUUCAUUUUCUCAGGUGGAUCCCGUUGCACUUUUCUCCUUUUUUUUGAAAAAAAAAAAAGGGAAAUUACCAGUAACUUUGCAUACUGGGCUUAUUUCGCCACUAUCAAUACUGGGAAGUUCCCUUCUUUAGACUUUCAGCCUUUGCUCCUGAAUUGACCAAAGGUUGUGUUUCGUGACAGAACUUUUCUCCGGUUUGGUUUUGGAUCUGAGCGGGCCUGUCUGUCUGUGAGCGGCUGGAUACUGGUGUGGGCUUGAUCCGGUGCCUGGGAGCUCACAGAGGAAGAGGAGCUGGAUGUAUGAAGAGGCUUCAUGGGCCUGAAGGACCAUCUGGAGGAUGAUGGAACUGGCCACAUGCUCAGCCUGGGGCUGGAUCUGGACUAUCUCCAUGUGGAUGGUGCUGAGAAGCAGACGCCCCCAAACACACUGAAGGCCUCUGACAUCUCGCAGGUCCGAGGCGGCGCCCAAAGCAGGAGCGGCUACAGCAUCGCCGGGAGCACAAACAGUCUCAGUACAAACCUGAGUUACAGCAGCAGCAAUUUUUCAGAGGAGAGCGCCAUUUCCGACAAUGAAGAAGAACAGCAUCAGGUUAGCUCCGACGCCUCCCACCGAGAUCAGGUGGGCUUACCUGGGAGCUCCUCUCUGCAGUGGAAGCAGGUCAGGCUGGACCUGGCGCCACGCCCGUCCACAGGAGAUCUAACGCGGUCGAAAGCGCCUGCGGAGCUCGUUUCGGACGGCCGCACCAAGGUCGAGUUUGCUCUGAAGCUGGGCUACGCCGAGGAUCUGGUGCUGCUAGUCCUGAGGAAACUGGGCCCAGACGCACUUAUUAACGACAUGCUGGGAGAGCUGGUCAAGCUGGGGACAAAGACAGAGAUGGAGCAGCAGAAAGGUCCAGCUGUGUCCCAGUCUCCUUCCUCCUCUUUGUCUUCUUUGGCCUCCAGCUCGUCCCUGGAGUCCUGCCGGCUGCCGUCCCCUUUGCCCCUGCUGGACGACAAAGACAACUUUCGGCCCGUCGUCGUAGACGGCAGCAACGUAGCCAUGAGUCAUGGAAAUAAGGAAGUGUUCUCGUGCCAAGGGAUCCAGCUGGCUGUUGAUUGGUUCUUGGAUCGAGGUCACCGUGACAUCACGGUUUUUGUCCCUGCCUGGAGGAAGGAGCAGUCGCGACCUGAUGCUCUCAUCACCGAUCAAGAGAUCCUGAGGCGACUAGAGAAAGACAAGAUACUGGUUUUCACUCCAUCUCGGCGUGUGCAGGGGCGACGCGUGGUUUGCUAUGACGACAGAUUCAUCGUCAAACUGGCAUAUGAAUCCGAUGGCAUAAUAGUUUCCAAUGACAACUACAGAGACCUAGCCAACGAGAAGCCAGAGUGGAAGAAGUUCAUUGAUGAGCGCCUGCUGAUGUACUCCUUUGUCAACGACAAAUUCAUGCCUCCAGAUGAUCCUCUUGGACGCCAUGGACCAAGCCUGGAAAAUUUCCUGAGGAAGAGGCCUGUUGCUCCUGAACCCAGGAAGCAGCCCUGUCCUUAUGGGAAGAAAUGCACAUAUGGCCACAAGUGUAAGUUUUACCACCCAGAAAGAGGCAGUCAGCCCCAGCGCUCGGUGGCCGAUGAACUCCGAGCCAGCGCCAGAAAUUCGUCAGUGACUUCCAGAGGCCUGCUGGAACAUACAAUGAUGGUGACGAGCCAAAGUAGCAGUCAACCAGAAGAGAUGCCUGAAGCCGACCCGGGACAGGGCAGUAAACUACCAAACCAGAGUCCUCGGAGCGCGCCCUCUGAUCUCACUGAGGACAGACUCCAAGGUUAUUCCAAACCAGAAGUGUACAAGGGAAGCCAAGUCAUCGGGGGACAUACUUCAUCAGGGUUGUCCCACUCAUUAGGACAUCUGGACAGCUGGGCGCAACUCGAGGAAAGCAGUGGAGUCUACAGCUUGGGUUUAGUCGAAGGUUACAACAGAUGUGAUUCUCCGGAGGUGGGCUGCAGGUCUCUGGUAAAGGCCUACUCAAGUCUCCGUCUUGUGGUGCCACAGACCCCAGAAAGUCUCUUAACUGCUGAUCUGCAAGCAGGUUCUCUGCCAUCCGAAUGCAGCAGCGAUGGCAGCAUUAGCUCAGAUUCGUUUUCCCCCGACUCUAUGUCAGAUAACAGCCCCAAGUGCCGACAUCACCUUCCUCACUACCAUCAUCACUAUAAUGGCUCGUAUGGUCAUGUGGCAAGCCGGGUUUCGGGCCUGCAUUCCCCUUAUGGUUACUCUGUUACUCAAAGGCCGCAGAGACCUCCAGGGUCUGUCUCUGAGGAACUUCCUUGUUCAGUUAGCUCUCACGCAUCUCCACGCCAUCGCAAGACCCCUUCAGCAAACAUCGUACCACAGCAUCAGCAUCUACUUCUAGGCAACUGUCUGGGGGAACAGCCCCCUCGUCUACCUCAAACAUCUGCUGCUCAUCCUCAUUGCCAGAACUCGCCCUUCAGUCCGAACACGUCGACUUCGUGGGAAGGUGACCUCCAGAACUCCACAAUGUACAAAGGAUCACCAGUUAAUUGUAGAAGAAACUACUCUGGGUCAACCCAACACUCUCAGCAUAAGACGCACUGGGAUGCCCACCACGAGCCAUCAACCAGGCCCUGCUAUGAUCUGUUUUCCUACAAGAGCUUUCCCCCACUUCACGGCAAGGGUUGGCACACCCCCUGGGGUCAGCAACUCCCAUCAUCCCCCCACGGUCUAUCAGCUUCAAGUGUCCCACCGCCCCCACAGCAGUCCCUCAGGUCCAUCGCCACUCACAGGAGCCACCUGCAGAACGAGCGCCACUAUUCGGGGCACCUUUCCUCGGGUCAGUACCAGGACCUAAGGGAGAGGAUUUUCGUCAACUUAUGCGCCAUCUUCCCACCAGAUUUGGUGAGGAAGGUGAUGGCCAAAAACCCUCACAUGACGGAUGCUCAAGAGCUUGCAGCCUCAAUUUUGAUGGAGAAAUUGCAGUGUGUUUCUUAAAACUUUUCAGGUUAAUCUCUUAAAAUCAAGUCAGCAAUGAAAGCCUACUGUAGCGUUAGGGAAGCUAUUCGUCUAAUGGUGUCUUUUCUAAUAGAAGUCCUAAAACGACCAUAUCUUCGUCUAAAUGUGUCUUUUAUUUCAGCACUUAAAAUGGGAAAAGUUUGGGAUUAAAACCGUUUUCAUAAUAGUUCAUAAUGGACAGUUUAUGAUGGCCUUUGAAGGGGGACACUUCUUCGUAUUUAUUUGUUAUAUUUUAAGUUAUUGAAAUGAGGUUUUUGGCACUUUCUGUUAUUGUGUGCGUUUUAUUUUUGUCUUAGCUUUUUCUAUAGGGGCAAUCAUAUCAGGGCAUAAACUGAACCGUCUCUCUUGAGCCGUCAACACGGCCUGCAUAAAAUAAUAUAUUUAUUUCUCUCAUCUUUCUUCUUUAUGUUGGAAAUGCAGUUCUGCUCUGAUCGCAUUUCUGCUUCGGCCGGCUCAACUUGCUGAUCUAGUCUUUCAGUCUGCGCCGACAGGUGCCACAUCGGUUGUUGUGAGAUGUUGUGGAUUUCCCCCCGCAGGGAAGUGAAACUGUAACAGCGCCCACAAAACAUAGCAAAAACUCCACUUGAAAACCCCAAGCUGUUUUUCACCACUGAGAAAAAAGCCAUUUCCUCUGCUCAGACUCCCCUGUCAGCUAACUUCCUACUUCACCAUGUCUUAGCACAGAUUUUGUUUCUCUAAAGCCGCAAACAUCCUCCCUCUUUUGUCAUAUCAAAAGAAUAAAUCGUUUCAAAGUAUAGGGCCAAAAAAAUCUGGAUCAAGAUUUUUUUUAUCAUUAUUAUUUAAAAUCUGUUAAUUUAUUGCCUUUUACACGACUGUGGUGCAUAAGACACAGGAUCUCUGUCUGUUUAAUCUUCCAGAGAUGGGGAAUAACUUCUAACCGUCGGAUGACUUGCAGUGUCUGCCGAGUGCAACCUGUGCAAAGAAAACCUACAGAUGAUUUGACCAGACAAGCAGCUCCUAGACAAUGGAAACCAACAGUCACGGUGAAAAGAAAGUACCUCUUUCAGUCUUAUGGUUUUGCAUAUCAUGACGUGAAGAUCAUUUGAUUUAUGGUUACUUCAGUCUAACCUCAAGGGUAAAACCGCACAACAGAUCCAGCGCCGACGCUGUUUGUGCCCAGAGACGGGGUCAAAGUAGAAAAGCGGCGCCCAAAAGAAAUGAAGUAAAAAUGAUUGAAAAGCUUUUAGGAUCAUGUUUAGCGGCAGAAAAACAUUGCAGUCGUUUUCCUUAAGGCUGUCCCAGUGAUAUUUGUUGUUUUGAAGGAAUUUUGGCACAAAUUUUCUUCAUAACAGAUUCAGUUCAUUGAAACUUGACCGCUGCUCCUUUACGGUUCCACCACGGCUUUUCAGCAAAGCUGCAGUCUGUCAACGUUUUGAGCGAUUCUGUUGUAAAUUUCCAACGUUUUUGGGGAUAAUUGUAUUGAUUUCUGCCAGUACAUUUUUAUUUUAUUUCUUUAUUUUUGUGCAAACUUGUGUGGCGUCUUUUCUGUAAUUGUUUAAACCUUCGAAAUGAAAGAGGGAAUUCUUUCUCUUGUCUAAGACUGGUUACCGUACGUUUGAGCUCUACACAAUUAUAUUGGAAACAAUAACUUCCUAUGUAUAUAUUCUUACACCAUUCAUAAGACAAUAAUGAUGACAUUAAGUUUUUAUUUUUUCUAAAUGUUCUGCUGUUUAAUUUAUUAUACUGUGAUUAAUUGAUUUUGUUAAUUCUGUCAACCUUCCUUGACUCUACAGUUAAGCCCAAAAUUAUUCAGAACCCCGACUGGUACUGACUCAAAAUUAACUAAGUUUUUAUUUAAAAAGAAAACAACAAAAAAAAUGUCAAAGAGUAUAUUUCUUUGUAUUUUUAAAAUUUUCUACUUUUACUUGCAUUCUAUUAAGAAACUGCAUGCAAAUUUAUUUAUACUCUUCUUAAAAAAAUCUCUCUCUUUGUUGGCAUUGCAGCAAAAAGGACGAAUCGUUGUGAAGAAUUCAGAGUCUUCCAGAUUGGAAGGCCUCCUGGCUAUUAACUUAAUCCAAAACCUCCAAAUUAUCACUUCCACUAGAGAACAGGCAUGUUGGUCGCAUUAAAUCGAAAUCUGCGUUGGGUUUGAAUUUUUUGGGCUCAACUGGAACUGGUGUGAAAACAACACAUUAGCGCCCAGCCUCCUCCUAAGUGUUGCCUUUGCUUUCCCCUAUUGUUAUUAUUGAGUUGUUGUUGUUUUUUUCUUAAAAUUAUAUAAUGUAACUUAAAACUGGAAUUGUUCAAAUUAAUAUUAUUCAGGUUUAUGUAUCCAGAAGUUGGGUUACUUUAAUUCUUGAGGAACUUUCUGGAAAAAAAACUCAUGCCUGCUUGGCAUAAUUUACAGUAGCUGAAUGUUGAUACAAAUUGUAUCCUUAAAUCUUUUAAAACAAAGUCAUUGUGUUAUGCAAAAGUGUUUAAGCAAAAGGGUUUCGAGCUGAAUAUUUUAGAUGGCGUGGCCGACGUUUGCCAGCUGCGGUAUCGAGGUUUUUAUUGGAGAAGGAUUUUUAUUCCUUCCAUUUUUUUUUGCGACUUCACGGUAGUGCGAGAAGUGUACUUUUGGGAGCAGAUUGUAACACAAUGUGGUUUGAAAUAAAGAAAUUAUCUCCACCGCAGAGUUGGUGUAAGUUGCACACAGAGCCGUCUUAUUCUCCCUCCUCAUCGUGGUUACCUUAAGCGCCGCCAAGUCAGGGCAGAGCAGGUCUAAACUCGAACGGCUAAAUCAAGGUUUUUGAGAAGAUGCGAUUAUCAAAUGAGUGUGGCGGGUUUCAAAAAAAUGUCAUUAGCACAACCUGGAACCUCUUGAAAACAUGAUCCUCCAACACUCCUGCAAAGUCGAGCCCCUAACAGGCCACGUCACCGACUGAACAAAGGUGCUAGCAAAGCGUCAAAAGCUGCUACACGUGUCCUCGGAUUAGCAUUAGAGAUGCCUUCAAGCUUGUACGUUUUUAUUACUUUUGUCCAUUUCAAGCCACUUCAGGGACCAUUGAGGGGUACCAACAAUUGUUUCCGCGUGUGUAUCCCCAACUAUCCUGCUCAACUAUAAAAAUAUUUAUUGUAAAAUGUGCUUCAAUGCUGGAUCCUGAGGCUCCAAAGGGUUUUUCUGUGCCGACGGGUCGGUCAUAAUUAUGCAAUUAUGAUCAAUGACGUUGGAUAAAAAUGGCUGUUUUACGGAUUAUACAAAAGCAAAAAUAAUAAUAAUUAAAUAAAUGUUACAUUAAAUUAGCAAAUGUUGCAAUUGUAAAAUUUCUACAGCUCCCCACAAAAAAUGACUGGUUUUUAAAAAAAAAAGAAAAGUCAGCUUUUUCUGAAGUUUUAGUGCUGAAGGUUGGUUCAUUUCACUUGCAUAGUGGUUGUAUUUGUUUUUGUCUUUGAAAAAAAAUUAUUUCACUCCAAAUAAGAUAAUUAAUAUGAGAGUUUUGAUAUGAACAUGAAAUCAGCCGACUGUCCUGCAUGUGACUUAACCGAGAACAAUAAAGGCCUGAUAACAUUUCAAUACGUUCAUGACCUUUUCACAUUGCUGAGACUUUAAACCAUUCUUAAUUAAUAUUAUUCUGGGCUUUUUUUUUUUUUAUUAACACAAUUUAACCAAAUCUACAUUAAAAAAAGAAAGAAAAGAAAAGUGAAUUAAGUUCGAAGAAACGGAUUCGGAAGAUUUCUUUGCUGCCACUGGCAAUAUCAAAUGUCUAAAAUCAUACGUAACCAAUAAAUAUUUUCUCACUUUAUUAAAAAAAAAAAAAAAAUUACAAUGCACUAUAUCUGUCAUAUUUGACCAAUAUGCAAAUUAAUAAUAGAUAGCAUGAAAGACAAACUGGCUUAAAGCAGCUAUUCCAGGCUUAUUUCUUUGAGUUUUCAUCAAUACUGUGCACCAGAGCCAUGUCAUGCUUUGACUCUCCCCAAAACAAACAAAAACAAAAAUCAGCUCCAUGAACUUCUGUUGAGGACCAUACUCUUGCUGCAUAUUUGGAAAUAUAAAGUCAUUCUUUAUUAUUAUGGGGCAAAAUACAUAUUUGAACAAAAGUCUCACUGGACAGAGAGAAAUGAAAAACGAGCAGAUCUGGUUUGCAUGUCGGUGACCUUUGCAAACUCUGAUUUCACGAAUACGUUAACGUGACGACGACAGAUAAAGAACCUGGAAUCUCAAAUCGGAAAAGAAACGGUCAAAAUAAGGCAA